AUGUCUUAGUUUAUUGCAAAGAUUAAUUCUUUUGAGUAAUCAGAUUGUGCAAGUCCAACUGAUUAACAGAAAAGGGAAACAAUAUCUGUUUAAAAUAAUAAUAAAAUGAAAGGAAAUGAGCUUUAGUAAGUUGUGUUUAAGGUGAAGCUAAAGAAAUAAAUAAAAAAUAUUGCAAACCAAACAAGUAACAGAAGAUAUUAGUUACUUAACUAAGGAAAAUAUUAAUAUCUGAAUGAUAAAUCCACUGACAAGCCACUUUAGUAGAUUGUUUAUGCUGAUCAAAGCUAUGUAGAAUUAGAUUACAAAAGAGAAAAUUUGUUGGUAGACAAAUUCAGAGAACUGCUUUCUAACAAGAAAAAGAUUAACUUUUACAAAAAAUUUCCUAUAUUUUCUCCUUCAAACAUUAUUAAGUUAAUAUGGGAUAUUAUGACAAACUCAUUAUCAUUAAUUGUGAUGUUUUUUAUUCCUAUUAGCUAUAUUUAUAAUAUACCUGUUUAUAAUUUUCUUAAGUAUGGCUUAAAUUACAUCAUUCCUAUAUUUUUAGUAAUAGAUUUUUUUAUAAGCUGCAACACAAGUUACUAUGAAAAAGGUAGACACAUUUUUCGAAGACAAAGAAUAAUCAAACACUUCUUUUAGAACUAUUUUUUUUCAGAUAUUAUUCCUGUUAUUAUAUAUUUUGCUUUAACAUUAUUUGAAAAUCAAAAUUCUUUACUAAGACUGUUAGCAUUCUUCUUUUUCUUAAAACUGAAUUCGAUAUGGAGAAUUUUUAGGAAAUUUGAGGAAAGUACAUCUUUAGGAAGACUUGUUAUUAACAUAAUAUAGCUAAUAUAAUUGCUUACAUUGAUAUUAAUUGUAUCUCACUUAUUUGCCUCAAUAUGGCUUUUCAUAGGUUUAAAUGGAAGCAAUUCUUAUCAAAAUACAUGGAUUUUGUAGAAAUAAUUGCAAAAUGCAGAUUGGAAAAUAUAAUAUCUUAAUUCCUUCUACUAUGCAAUAGUAACGAUGAAUACAGUAGGUUAUGGAGAUAUCACUCCAACAAAUGACUUAGAAAUGAUUUUUUCAGUGAGCGCUAUCAUGGUUUGCUGUGGUAUUUUUGCUUACUCAAUUAACUAAGUUGGUAAAAUAUAUUUGUUCAAUCAAAAAUUACCCAUAAAUUUGAAGAAUAAAAAUAUAAAAGUUUGA